CGGACGUGUGCGACUCCAGCCCCUGCCAGAACGGCGGCAUUUGCCUGUCGGGGCUGAACGAUGAUUUCUACUCCUGUGAGUGCCCCGAGGGCUUCACGGACCCCAACUGCUCCAGCCUUGUGGAGGUUGCCUCCAUUGAAGAGGAUCCAACUUCAGCAGGACCCUGCCUCCCUAAUCCGUGUCAUAAUGGUGGGACGUGUGAAAUCAGCGAAGCGUACCGAGGCGACACAUUCAUAGGAUAUGUUUGCAAAUGUCCACAGGGAUUUAAUGGGAUUCACUGCCAGCACAAUGUGAAUGAAUGUGAAGCUGAACCCUGCAAGAAUGGUGGAAUCUGCACAGAUCUUGUUGCCAACUACUCCUGUGAAUGUCCAGGUGAAUUCAUGGGAAGGAACUGCCAACAGAGAUGCUCUGGCCCRCUAGGGAUAGAAGGAGGGAUUGUGUCAAACCAACAAAUUACGGCGUCGUCCACUCACCGAGCUCUUUUUGGACUCCAGAAGUGGUACCCGUACUAUGCACGACUUAAUAAGAAGGGUCUUGUGAAUGCCUGGACUGCUGCAGAAAAUGACAGAUGGCCAUGGAUUCAGAUAAACCUGCAGAAGAAGAUGCGAGUCACUGGAGUUAUAACCCAAGGUGCCAAGAGGAUUGGAAGUCCAGAAUAUGUGAAAUCCUACAAAAUUGCAUACAGCAACGAUGGGAAGGUGUGGACAAUGUACAAAGUUAAAGGCACAAAGGAAGACAUGGUUUUCCGUGGGAAUGUGGACAACAACACACCCUAUGCCAACUCCUUCACGCCGCCCAUCAAGGCUCAGUACGUCCGUCUGUACCCCCAGGUGUGCAGGAGGCACUGCACACUCAGGAUGGAGCUGCUCGGCUGCGAGCUCACAGGUUGCUCUGAGCCCCUGGGGAUGAAAUCAGGGCACAUUCAGGAUUUCCAGAUCACCGCCUCCAGCGUUUUCCGUACGCUCAACAUGGACAUGUUCUCUUGGGAGCCCAGGAAAGCCCGGCUGGACAAGCAAGGCAAAGUCAAUGCCUGGACCUCUGGCCACAAUGACCAGUCACAGUGGCUGCAGAUUGAYCUGCUCGUCCCUACAAAGAUCACUGGGAUAAUCACCCAAGGAGCCAAAGAUUUUGGCCACGUCCAGUUUGUGGGGUCCUACAAACUCGCUUACAGCAACGACGGGGAGCACUGGAAAAUUUACCAGGAUGAAAAGCAGAAGAAGGAUAAGGUGUUCCAGGGCAAUUUUGACAACGACACUCACCGCAAGAACGUCCUGGAUCCGCCGGUGCGGGCGCGGCACGUGCGCAUCCUGCCCUGGUCGUGGUACGGCCGCAUCACGCUGCGCUCGGAGCUGCUGGGCUGCACGGCCGAGGACUGACCCCUGGUGUGCCCCACGCCGCUUGACCAGCCCGUGGGAUGCCCUCUGGGGCUUCCUCCACCAACCAGUGCUCGCUCAUUUCUUAUGGUAGGCCGCUAGCUGUCUUUCGCCAGGAGGUCUAAGCCUGCCCUUUAAAAAAAAUGAUCCAAUCCGAUUUUUCUUUUUUUUUUUUUUUUUUUUUUUUUUGCCCUUGAGAUUUGUUGGUGUUGUCCCUUCUGCUGUGGAAUUGCCCUCUCUAAGUUUUUCCUCUGAGCUGUUCGCCACCGGUCAGAAAGCGUUAAGGGAGAAAAAAAAAAUUAUUAAAAAAUAAUAAAAGGGAAAAACAAACAAACGGCAGCAUCCUUUUUACAAGGGGAGAGGAGUAGCAUUGAGGAAGCUCAUUUGCAGCUUCAGGAGCRUUGGGCUGACGAGUUCUCCAUAAAUCAUACCGUCAUCUUUCUUGCAAAAAGUGAUACUGCAGCUUUUAGCAAUAAGUUUACUUGGGGAUUACCGYGUUACAGUAAUUGUGCCUAUCAAACACUGUCAGUAUUUACCACACACACUUUUUGGGGGCGUCACAAGCUCCCUCCACCACUUCACCCUGACAGCAGAGUCCGUGCACCUGCAGAGUUGUUCCCAAAUUCCCCAUUUUCCUCCUCUAUCGUUAUCUUUAUCUC